UUGCCCCCGGAAUCUUGGGGAGCGGGCAAGGGGGGCUUCCCGUGGGGAGGGCUGGAGAACAGCUCCUUUCCCAUCCGCCGCCAGAGCAUCCUCGACCGGUUUUUGCAGGGAGGGGAGGUAGCAAACUCCCCCGGAGCCCGUGGUGAAGAGGGGAGCCCCCGGAUUCCCCCAAAAAGUUAAGAUGUAAUCGUUGGGGACCAUCCGAGGACUGAAUGGCUUGAAAAACUUCUCCUGGUUUCGCUGCGCAACUCAUUCAGAUCCCAGGUCUGAAAAGAUCUUUGGAGACCCAGAAGAUUUCAGGGCCCUUGUGCAUUUCUGUCAGAGAAGAUUGGAAAUGGAUGCAAACCAGCCAGCCUGGGAGAAAGUAGGAAAAAACCCUACUGCUGCUCAUCUUGGGAACUGUGGGGAGAUCUGGGCAGGAGCGCCGCAGAACAUCCUGGACAAAACACUUAGUUCUGAGAUCCAACAUUGGUGCUUCAGGAACAGCCCUUUUCAGGAGGCUGAAGGACCACGAGAGCUUUGCAGCCACCUUCACCGCCUUUGCUGGGGAUGGUUGCAGCCCGAGAAACACACCAAGGCUCAGAUAUUGGACCGGGUGAUCUUGGAGCAGUUUCUGGCCGUCUUGCCCAGGGACAUGCAACGCUGGGUGCGGGAGUGCCAAGCAGAGACCAGUUGCCAGGCAGUGGCCCUGGCCGAAGGUUUCCUGCUAAGCCAAGCGGAAGAGGGGGAACAGGGAAGGUGCCAGGUUCCGAAGCCCUUCCUGGAAGUGGGCACUUAUUAUCCUGAGGAAAUGGUCGUUAAUGGAGAUCCGUGGUGUUGCAGUGCUAUCUCCAAGCAGGAAGGUCAACAUCAGGAUGGUUCAGCAGGGAAUGAAAUGGAAUCACAAUUGUUCACUGGAUCAUCUCCUUGCAUUGGUGAAGCUGAAAGAGGAGCUGGACCUCCAUAUCAGAGUCCUGUGUCCUUUGAUGAGGUGGCCAUAUAUUUCACUAGUGAAGAGUGGUUGCUGCUGGAUCCCAGUGAGAAAGCCACGUACCGAGAAAUCAUGUUAGAGACAUGUGAGAUUGUGGCUUCUUUAGUUGAUGAUCAGGAGAAUGACAACUACCAAGAGCUGAGUGUGGUGCCAGAAGUAAUCAAGAUUGAAAUAAAAGAAGAGACAUCUACCGAUAAGUUUGGAAGAAGGCAAUAUGAGAAAAAACAGUGCUACAACUGGAGAGAAAACUCCACUCUUGAAUGUAUGGAAUUGGAUUAUCUCCUGACCCAAAAUGUUUGUAAGGAAAAUGGGAUGGGAAACUAUCAAGGAAAUGGGGAAAUAUUCCAAGCAAAACCCAAUUUCAGUAAUUGCCACCUCAGCAAUAAAAGUGACAUUGUUCCUCAUAAAAUGAUCCAUACAGGAGAGAAACCUUAUAAACAUGUGGACUCUGGAAACAGCUUGAGAUGUACUAGUAAUCUUAACUACCAUAAGAAGAUCCAUUCCGGGAAAAAGCCUUAUAAAUGCACAGACUGUGGAAAAGGAUUCGGUUCAAACAGUUCCCUUACUUAUCAUGAAAGGAUCCAUAGGGGAGAAAAACCCUACAAAUGCCUAGAGUGUGGGAAGAGCUUCGUACAAAGUAGUGACCUUACUUCCCAUAAAAGGAUCCAUACAGGGGAAAAACCAUAUAAGUGCAUGGACUGUGGAAAAAGCUUCAGUUCGAAUAGUUCUGUUAAUUAUCAUAAAAGGACACAUACAGGUGAGAAGCCCUAUGAAUGCAUUGAAUGUGGGAAGAGUUUUAGCAAAAGCAGCGUCCUUACUGCCCAUAGAAGGAUGCAUACAGGAGAGAAACCCUAUAAUUGCAUUGAUUGUGGGAAAUGCUUCAGUUUAAACAGUUCCCUUACUUCUCAUAGAAGGAUCCAUACAGGAGAGAAGCCAUAUAAAUGCAUAGAGUGUGGGAAAAACUUCAGCAAAAGCUGUUACCUGACUUCCCAUGAAAGGAUCCAUAAGGGAGAGAAACCCUUUCAAUGCAUGGAGUGUGGGAAGAGCUUCAACAAGAGCAGUGUCCUUACUUCCCAUAAAAGGAUCCAUUCAGGGGAAAAACCUUAUAAAUGCAUGGAUUGUGGAAAGACCUUUCAUGGCCGUGGCCACCUGAUGUCUCAUAGGAGGACUCACACAGGAGAGAAACCCUAUAAAUGUCUGGAGUGUGGAAAGAGCUUCAGUCAUAGUGGUUCCCUUACCUCCCAUAAAAGAGUACACACAGGAGAGAAACCGUAUAAAUGCAUGGACUGUGGAAAGAGCUUCAGUCGAAGUAGUUCCCUUACUUGCCAUAGAAGGAUCCACUCAGGAUUCAAACCUUAUAUAUGCAAUCAAUGUGGGAAGAGCUUUAGUACAAGCAGCUCUCUUACUUAUCACAUUAGUAUCCACACAGGGAAGAAACUAUAUCAAUGCACGGAGUGUGGGAAGAGCUUCAGGUUGAAAAGUCACCUAAAUUCCCAUAAAAAGAUCCACACAGGUUUGAAACCUUACAAAUGUAUGGAAUGUGGAAAGAGUUUUUCUGAAAACAGGACUCUUAUUUGUCAUGAAAGAAUCCACACGGGGGAGAAAAAAUAUGCAUGCAUGUUGUGUGGAAAGAAUUUCAUGUGGAGUAAUCAACUUACUUCCCAUAAAAGGACCCAUUUGGAGGAGAUGCCUUUAGGAACUAAAGCGUCCUUAAUUCAUGUAAAUGGAUCCACUAUGAUAUGAAACCUUAUAAAAGCAUGGAGUGCAGACAGAACUUUAGUCAAGAAUUGACUAAACUGAUUCAUGUUAAAACACUUGAUGUGCAGGACUAUAUAUCUGCAGGACUAAUUUUCCCUGAGGAUAUCUGUCUGACAUUAUAAAUUGCUCUAAAGCACUAUAGAGUGGUAUGUAAGUCUUAAGUGCAAUUGCUAUUUGCCUGUUCCACCAGAGCAAUGGAGUUGUCCCUUCUCUUAAAUAUUGCCAUCCUGUGGGUCUUCAGAACCGGCCUUUUCUUUUGCAGUGUCUGCCCUAUAGAACACACUUCCCAAGAGCUGAUAGUCUCUGCUCCUUUAACCCUUCCACAGAGCCCUUAAACUGGGUGCAUUAGAGAAGUGAGGCUGAGGCACCUUUUUUUGCUGUUUGCUUUCAUAUUGCUUUAUACUGCUUAAUGGCUGUAAGCCAUUCAGUUGUUUUAAGAUUGGCAGCUAUAUAAAUGUUUAAAGUUUUAACUAAGUCUAUAUAGGUAACCCUCACUUACCGAAAACAAUAGGGAUUGGCAACUUCAUUAUUAAGCCAUGUAGUCAUAAAUUGAAACAUAUGAUUGUGCUGGUCUUACAUCAAUUGGUCAGUUCCACUUGUAAUUGUUAAUCAAAUCCUCUGUGGUUAUAAAGGACAAUGUGAAAUGAUUGCAACAUGUGACUUGUGGCUUCCACAUUGACUUCAUGCUUAUGAGAAUGAAUUUAAUUUUUUAUUAUGUGGCCUGAAAUCAGGGUCAGCUCUCGUGACUCUACAAACAGGGAGUCCUUAACUUAUUACAAUUGGAUUGGAACUUUCACUGCAAAACAAUUGGUCACUAAGCAAGUAAGGGCAAAUUUUGACCUUUUUUUGCCUCAGUUGUUAAGUGAAUCCAGCUUCCCUGAUUGACUGGCUGGCUGGGAAGGUCACAAAAGGUAAGCACACGCUACCCCAGGACGCUGCUGCAACUCUUGUAAAUAUAUGCCAGCUGUCAAGCACCCUAAGUUGCAAUCAUGCAGUGGUUGUUAAAUGUGAAGAUUGACCGUGUCACUUUGUUCAGUGCCUUUGUAACUUUGAAAGGUCACUAAAACAAACGGUUGUAAAAUGAGGAUUAGCUUGCAGAGACUCUGCCCAAGAUAAUCUGUCCCUAACGGCCUCCUUCAGUUUUCCCAACAGUGUCCCGCUGCCACUGUAGUCAAAGCAGUCUGGUGGAUGGCACUCUGUUAAGAGAAGCCGUGAGAAGCUGCUAGGACCACAACAAGAAGAAAAGAUCAAAUAAAGGUUAGCGGAGACACUUGGGCAUCCCCUAUGUGGAAGUAAGAAAAUGUGCCCAGACACCAAGCAAAACUGGCCCAAAGUCAUGAUUUUCUAUGGGGUGUCUUGAACCAAUUAAAACUACUAGUAUAAAACUACUGAUCUGUGAGGUUUAUAAGCUUGUUGGUGUGAGGGCCCACCAGAGAUUCCUUGGUUUGUUCCUCUAGUCCCCAGU